UCGCCGCCCCUCCCCAAUCCGCUCGCCGGCGUAGGCCCGCCGCCGCGUGGGGGCGCUGCAUUUGCUGCCAGCCCCGGGGACGAGAGCGGGCGCCCGCCACCGUGCGUGCGUGCUGCUGUUGUUCUGCUCGACCUCGACGGCGCGGGCUUGGCUUCCUCUCCGGCGGAGCGAGCUGCUCCUGUCCGUUCGGGGUUGCUGGAGCAAGGCCGGUGGCCUUUUGGCUAGCCUAAUUUAUCAGUACAUCCGGGUUAGAAUGGAAUGAGUGCUCGAAUUUGGCUGCCCAGAAGCAUUUGUUGGCGAAUCUGAUGGGCACUAAUGAUCCUGGCACGCCGUCCAAGGCAACAAAGGCAUCGGAACCGGAGCAGUCUCCAGCCACUACAUCUGGCACUACAGCUCCAGUUUACCCUGAAUGGCCUGGUUUUCAGGCCUACUCGGCAAUUCCACCGCAUGGGUUCUUUCCACCUCCUGUUGCUGCAACUGCCCAGGCUCAUCCCUACAUGUGGGGAGCUCAGCCCAUGGUGCCACCUUACGGGACACCACCACCACCAUAUAUGAUGUAUCCUCCAGGAACUGUAUAUGCCCAUCCCUCUACUCCUGGUGUGCAUCCAUUUAAUCACUACCCUAUGCCGACUAAUGGGAAUGUCGAAACUGCUGGAGUUGCACCAGGUGCUUCAGAAAUUAAUGGGAAAAAUGAUGGCAGAACAUCCGGUCCAUCUGCCAAUGGGAUUACCUCCCACAGUGAGAGUGGAAGUGAGAGUGAAAGUGAAGGAAGUGAUGCCAACUCUCAGAAUGAUUCACAUUCAAAGGAAAAUGAUGUAAAGGAAGAUGGUAGUUCUCAGAAUGGCAUGUCACAUUCAGCAUCACAAGGAAUGUUAAAUCAGAACAUGUCAAUGGCUCCAACUCAAACAGGUGUAGUGAUUGGGGGAGUUGCUCCCACAACAAACUUGAACAUAGGAAUGGAGUACUGGGGUGCUGCUGGUUCUUCACCUGUUCCUGCAAUGCAUGGCAAAUCACCGUCUGGUUCAGUUCGAGGGGAGCAAUGGGAUGAAAGGGAACUAAAGAAGCAGAAAAGGAAGCAGUCUAACCGGGAAUCAGCACGGAGGUCUCGGCUGCGCAAGCAGGCUGAGUGUGAAGAGCUUUCUCAACGCGCUGACACUUUAAGGGCAGAAAACUCUUCUCUUAGGGCCGAGCUUGAACGGAUCAAAAAGGAGUACGAGGCACUACUUUCACAUAAUGCCUCACUCAAGGAAAAAUUAGGGGGAAACAGUGAUUCAAUACCUGAUGAAUGAGCAGAACGACACCAACGGCAGCUACCAGAAGCAACAGGAUUCUGAUACUCAGCCAAAUGAUGCGCCUUGAGAGUUAUUAUAUCACAUGUAGCAUCUAAUUGUUUUAGCUCAUGAUUCUAAUAGCAGAUUGGCCAUUUGUAUUAGAUGAAUUCAGUAAAGUAUCUUUCGGUGCCAGUUCAGAAUCCGACGUGGCAAAUUGUUGACACUAAACGUCUAUUCCAGUUACUUGCAGUUCCA